ACAAAGUUCAAAGCCGUAUAUAAGCAUAGGUAAACCCAAAUAUACCAAAGAUAGAUUUAAGCCACUAAAAGUCAGAUAGAUGUCUGCGGAAAACGCAAGAUCCCUUAAAGAUGGCUUAAUCUUUCCCCCAAAGGGUGAAAAAGAUUCAAUCUUUGGCAGAAUUAAGGUGUCUGAUGUAGAGGUGAAGAACAAGAGGAAUGUGUUUUGGGGAAGAAAGUGGAAUUCUUUUGAUAUUUUGGUUGCUUCUGGGCUUGCAGCUUUGCAUUUGCUGUGUGUUUUAGCUCCUUCCACUUUCAAAUGGGAUGCCUUUGGUGUUGCUGUUGCAUUGUAUUUCAUUACUGGGCUUCUUGGAAUCACUCUCUCUUUCCACAGAAAUCUUUCUCACAGAAGCUUCAAGAUUCCCAAAUGGCUUGAGUAUUUCUUUGCUUAUUGUGGCACUCUUGCCCUUCAGGGGCAUCCAAUUAAGUGGGUGAGCCUACAUAGAUACCACCAUCAGUUUGUUGACUCAGAAAUAGAUCCACACAGUCCAAUUUGGGGGUUUUGGUUUAGUCACAUGAGUUGGCUCUUUGACACUGAAAAUAUUGCUCAAAAAUGUAGAAAGAGAAGCAAUGUUAAAGAUUUAGAGAAGCAGGCGUUCUAUAAGUUCCUUGAAAAGACUUAUUUACUUCAUCAUGUUGCACUUGGAGCUCUACUCUAUGCAAUGGGUGGAUUUCCCUACAUUGUUUGGGGAAUAGGUGUGAGGAUUGUGUGGCUUUAUCAUAUCACUUGGCUGGUGAAUUCAGCUUGUCAUAUUUGGGGUAAACAGAGAUGGAACACCGGCGAUUUAUCACGCAAUAAUUGGUGGGUGGCAUUGCUUGCAUUUGGAGAGGGGUGGCAUAACAACCACCAUGCAUUUGAGUAUUCAGCUAGACAUGGGCUAGAGUGGUGGCAAAUUGAUACAACUUGGUAUGCAAUUAUGGUUCUUGAAGCAAUUGGAUUGGCCACUCAUAUCAAGUUAUGUACACCAGCACAACAACAACAGAAGAUGGCCUUAAUUAGCUAAAUUAAGCCUUUAAAUUAGUCAUAUAUGAAGAGAUAAUAGAGAUCUAUAUAGAAGAGAUAAGUUGGGAACUAGAACAAUGAAAUAAUUAAUAAACACUUGUAGCUAGACUCUCUAGUAAUUGAAUGAUCAAUAGUGGCUAUAUAAGUUCACUAUUUAACAUUAAUUAUUAAUAAUAUUAUUAUUAUUUAAGCG